AUGAGUGAAAUUCUUAGAAACAAGGGAAUUGAGCAAUUGAUUUGUCAUGGGAAACUUACCGAUUCAGAGAAAAAGGAGCAACUUGAGGAGUUCAAAACAAGUAAUAUUCCAGUGAUGAUACUUUCAUCUAAGUCGAUAGCUCCAUGGAUGGAUUUAGGUGCUGCUACAAGCUUUAUCAUUGAACCUGGGUGGAAUCAUGGUAUUUUAGAUACAAUACUUCACCGCAAGGCUGAUUCCUCUAGGCAGACCGAUGUUUAUUGUUUGUACUAUGAAGAUUCAGUUGAAGAGACGAUGAAGAAAAUACUGGAUGAAAAGAAGAGGUUGAUUGAAUCUCUCUUAGGAAUCUAG